AUGAUGCUGAACUUCUACGUAGGUAUGCAUAAUAACCAGAACGGCCCGCAGAAUUCACAAAACAGAAUGGUUUCGGGCGGCCAGUUCGACCAGCGACUGAACUCGCAGAUGAUGGGCUCGCCUGUCAUGGAUACACAGCAACAGGCAACCCGCAACCAACGAGCAGCCAUGCAGCUGCAGUUCCAGAAUUCGGCGGGCGGAGCCGAUCCUUCGGGCGGCCAGAAGAACGGCAUGGACAAAAAGCAGCCGGCCCAGUUCAAGAUCAUCCCGAACAAUGCCUCUGGCCAGGCCUCUUUCCAGAACCUGACGCAGCCUCUGGGUCAGGGCGUAGGCAUUCUGCAGCAGCAGCUCCUGAUGCUUCAGAGGCAACUGAGCUCACUGGGCCAAGGCGUAGACACCCAGGAGUCCAGUUUCGGUGACAACCCUCAACCGAACCAGAUGCAACAACCUCUGCAGGCCACAACGCAGCCGCUGAUGCAAAGCCAGCAGAGAGUCCAGCAAAUGCAGCAGCAACAGCUUCAACAACAACAGCUGGCCCAGCAACAACAGCUUUAUCUUCGACAACAGCAGCAUCAACAACAACUCUACCAGCAGCAGCAGCAACUACAGCAAAUGCAGCAGCUCCAAAUGCAGCAGAACUUGACCCCUGGAGGCCAGCACAUGAUGCCUCCUUCUGACAAGUCGUCUCCUGGAAAGACUGGUUCUAUUCUGGGCCCUUCGGGGGCUGCUGCCAAGGCGGCUGCUGCUCCCAACGCCUCAUCCCAAGCCACCCAGAUUGAGGCUAACAUUCGAAUUUUCAAACGGAACUUAGGUAAUGCUGCGGUCUCCCGUAUUCUUGACUUAGUUGAUAUGAUCAAUAGUGAGCCUGUCGAUUCUUCUUCCACAUAUGAUUUCUGGCAACACAUUUGUCUGACAUACGCCAUUCCACAGGCCGCAUUUAGAAUCACUGUCCCAGUGGAGCCCACAAAGGUAGAUGAAGAGAAAUUCAAUGCUAAAAUGCAGCUGUUCACCCUUACUUCCAAUACCGCGCCGCGGUUUCUUCUCGCAAAUGCGAUUGCCCAAAACGUAGCCAAGAGGGAAGUUACCAUGCCUGGUCUACGUUUUCAUGUAUUGAACAGCGGGUCUGUAUUUAUGGCUUCUAGACUAUCGAUUAUACAUACCUAUAAGGAUGGGUCUUCGACCUAUCUCUCUGGUGUUUGUCGGUUUGUAUUGAGUCGCGAUUUUCGCAUCGAGCUGAUUGACUGUCAUAUUUUGACGUAUUCGAGCCAGAUCUCAAUGAUGCUGUUGGAGAAAAAGUGGCAGACAGGCUGCAAAACAGAAGCGAACCCCCGAGACCUCGUCAAACGCUUGUUUACUGAGAGUAUGGCUAAAUCCGCGGCUCUGGAUUGUGGGUUCGAUGAAAGCGCCAUGCGAAUCCUCAAAAUCAGCGACGUCAUGACGCAGCUACGUCCUCUCAUGGCCUUCACUCUGAACAAUAAACUCAAUUCUCCAAUAAAGGCCCUUGAUGCAUACAUGAACGUCAAUGGCCAGAACACCAACUCGACGCAAGCAAGUGGGGCUGGUGGGCCAGCAGGAACGCCGAUGACCCGGCCCAUGCCUAUGGAAAUCAAAAGCCAAUUCAAAAAAAGAAAGGCUUCUACUGCUGCUCCGAGUCCACUCAAUUCCGAGCCACGAUGA